CUGUGAUCGCCACAUUUGUUCUUUUCACUAGGCCCUUCCAACGGCAUGGCUGUACGACCUGAGUCAGUGGAAGAUUGGUGCCAAAUCAUGCCUAACUUGUUGGAGGAGGAAGGCUGGAAAACGACUUUGGCCCAGGAAGGUGCUGCGUUGAUGCAUAGCAGCUGUCCUUGGGGUGGUUACCUGAUCAAGUUUGAGCUGAAGGGGCUUACAGUACACAAUGCCCCGGCAGACAGUAGCAAGGUGAUUGUCCGACCUGAAGUCCGAGCUCUCCUGCAAGGCACAUGCCCCAUUCCGGGCAUCACCGUGCAGUCCUUGGACGUCGUGGCUCCUGGAGAGGCGGUGGUUCAGGCGUCCACCUCUUGGAGCAUCAUGCGGCUUUGCUCCGUGUUGUUCGGUGACAUUGUUGGGCAAGUCAUGGAUUACCUCUGUGAUGAUGCACCUAUGGCAUGGCAUCAGAAAGUGGGCCGAAACUAUCCUGACCAAGGAGACAGCUCUUGUUCCUUCUGGAUGGAAGAUUCCGAUGACAAGCCCCAUGAAUGCCUCAUCCUUGUCAGACCUGAGACUGAAAAGGAAAAGUUCAGUGCCUUUGUGAUUGUGCGGGUCCAUGAGAACCACUUUGCGCGAUGGGCCAGUGAACAUUUCCGCUUUGUCUUGAGUUCUGCCCGCAGCACCGCAGAGUCAUACUUGAAUCGCCCUGGAAUCGCUGAGCUGAGAGAAAUGGACGCGCAGUUCUAUGUCGUCAUCUCCAUGCAAAGCUUCAAGCGAGGGAUGCCGCUGUUGCCAGCCUAUCCUGAUGAGCAUUGCCUCUCUGAAAUUGAUGCAGGUGAGCCCUUUGGUCUGCGCAGAUGGGUGCGGUAUGAGCCAAGCACCAAGAAGUUCCAGCUGGCUCAAUACCUCCCAAUCUUCAUGCAGCGUUUGGGUUUCGAGAUUGAAGCCUACAACAGCUUGGACGGCCAGAAGUUGGUUCCUUAUCAGUGCGUGGUACGCCGUGCCGACUGGGAGCAGAUGCGUUCUCGUUUUCUUGUUGCCUACCCCUUGCAGAAGACGGCCUAUCGUCGUGCCAAUGGUGGGUCUGGCUCGCCAGGGGUACACGAGGACGUGCUUCCCAAGUUUGUGACGCCCACGGCAGUGAACAUCCAGGAACGUAUGGAGCAAGAGGCAUGGCCGAAGCUGGUGGUGCGGAAGACUUUCUUGGAUCUGGAGGAUGACACCUCCUCCAGUGGCUCCCCGAAAGUGCGCCCACCGCGACGCCCAAAGACCACACACUUUGGGCGACUUCUCGUGCCAUCUUUGCCAUAAGCCGAAGGCAGCGGAGCGGCGCACAAGAAGGCCGCCUCCACUUGUUCAUCCCUUGCAUAGCUGGAUCGCUUCAUUGCAGCUGUGUACGUACUAAAAUAAUUUUGAUGAUAUUGACGUAUUGCGCAGUCUAAAGCCAUUUAGCGGGAUGAACAGGCAAGGCAGGCAGGCACCAGGUAGAUCUAUGAUAUCAUAGGUGGAGGUGGACAGUCUAGAUUGAGCCACCAACAUCUAUUGCAAGGAUGCAAAAUGUGGCAUUUGCAGUUGUAAAGUGUGUAAAGAUAAAUCCUGCAGCGGCUCACAAAGGGCACCCGUCAAAUGCGAUGGUCAAGUGAGGGCGCCUUAAUUCAUUGCUUCGGCAUGAGAAACGAUUUCCUGCAUCUGGCUGGAUGCGUUUAUGUGCAAGUUACUAUCAUUCACUUGAAUUGGCGUCGUUUAGACAUUUGCGCCCAAGCACUACAUGCCAGCCUGUACAGAUGCUUGGCAUGUUGGGCACUGGGCAAGGCCUUUUUCUCCGCAAACAUCAUCAAGAAACAGCCCAUCAGUGCAGUAAAGCGUACAGAGGGCGUUGUAUGCUUGGUGAUGUGCGAGAACCCAUAGCACUUCAGCGAUAGGGAAAUUCAUCGAGAUUCGCUCA